AUGGCCGCCAUAUCCGCCGCGUCAGCGACGGCCAACACAAUCACCCCCCCGAGCAGCAGCCACGGCAGCGGAGGUGCAUGGAAUAAUUAUGCAACGGCAGACACAGAGAACCUACAAAACAAAAGAUCGCUGGAUAGAACCGACCAAACCAGCCGGCCACCCCUAUCUCAAAACGGCAGCUCGGCAAACAUUUAUGAAUACGGCUUCGAGCCUCUCCCUCCCCCGCGAAAGAAGGCUUCCAACGACAACAUAUCUCUGACGAAAAGCACAAGGUCAUGGGAUAGGACAAACCGGCGUGACAACGACACGUCGAAAUCGGGCAACAGCGCAGACGAUGUUUUCGGUGGGAAGGCUGGGUCCGAGGAGAAGCGGUUGACGAACGAGGUGCCCGCCUCUGACGACGACAAGUGGAUUCACCGCGACAAGCUGGCAAAGAUUGAGAGUCAAGAGCUCCAGGCUGCAGGCAUCGUCUUACCGAGGGCGCGUGCGAGCAGCAAACCGCGCAGAGGUCGCAGCGAGGAGAAGCUCAAUGGAAGCUCCAAGAGGACCACCUCCGCCCCACCAGACGACGAAAUACCACUCCCGAGAUCUAGGAAAAGCUCGGUGUCGCCGGAGAGCAUAGUCCCGGAAGAGAGGAUGCUGGAUACGGAGGUGCCUACCUGGGAUCUUCGGCUGCCUGAAGAAAUCGCUGUCGAGGGCGACGACGCCUACUGGACCUCUAUUAGUGACAAGAACAAAAGCGGCUCCAAAAUCCCCGUCGCCAAGGCCAGCCCGGCCCCCAUCCCAGAGUAUUACUUGGAGAGGAACGCGCCCUCUGGACGACGAAGAAGUGGCGGCAGCGAGCUCGAGACGAUUGCCUACCCGAAACCACGACCGAGGAGCGGCAGCGCAAAUACGCUCGGUGCGACGUCAACUUUGGCACCCGCGAAACGCAACAACACCGAUAUCUCUCCCCGAAAAGGCAGCGGCACCUCCAGCACCACCAGAAAGACCUCGACUCAAAUCAAGGCUGGUGGAAAGACCAAGACACGUGGUGGCAAGGAUUCCACGAGCAGCAUAUCGGGAAACAGGCCGACAACGCGAUCGGGAGACCUCUCUCCUGGUGUCAAGAAGCCUGAGGGAGAUCCACCAUGGAUGGUGGGAUCCUAUCGUCCUGACCCUCGCCUGCCACCUGACCAACAACUACUCCCGACGGUCGCCAAGCGUCUGCAGCAGGAGCAAUGGGAAAGAGAGGGCAAGUAUGGCAGUAUUUACGACAAAGAGUUUCGCCCACUCACGGCAGAUGGUCUUCUCAAGCCUCCCGAAGGUGGAUCAAGCACCACACCCCCCGAAGAAGAGAAGCAGGAGCAAGAUGAGUGGCCGCUUAGAGGUGACGCUCCCAAAAGUCCCACGUCGCCGAGCAUCAAGCAGACCAACUCGUACUCGACCAUGCCCAAGAUCUCCGACAAAGCCCAGACCAGCCCGCUGCCGAGCCCACGGGGCCCACUGAGUCCGACCAUGCAACUCCAGCAACCCGCCGAGACUCAGACAGUCGUCCGCGUACCCGAACGGCCUUCUGCUGCCGCAAACAUGUCCAUGGGCGGAGACAAGAAGAAGAAGAGCGGAGGCUGCGGCUGCUGUCUUGUCAUGUGA